AUGGAUUUCAACACCAAGGUAAUGAAUAUCGUCAUCACUGGACCAACAGAUAAGAUCACGAAUUUCCGAGAACUCGGCCCCGGCUCACCCGAGGUGGCUGGCUACUGGCCUCUGCAGGGAAGAGCCCUGUGGUUUCACUCUGAGUGGACAGAGAGCAGCUGCGACUUCGGGACACCUGUGGCCAUUAUGAGCCUCUCCAAAACACAGGAGUCCAGCCCCGAGCCUCCUCUCAAGUUCGUAAAGCGCAAGGAUGAGAUAACUGGGGACGAGUAUGACGGCCUGGAGCGGGUGGAGAUGAGCUGUGGCCACGCCGUGGACCCAGGGAGCCUGACCGCCUGGUGCCGGAGCCUGCUGGACCAGGGCUACUUCAAGCUGUGCUGUCCGGCUGAUGUUGACGGGGAGAAGUGCGGGGCUGAGUGGCCCUACCCAGAGGUGCGUCGCUGUGCAGUGCUGAGUGACACGGAGCAGCGAGAAUUUGAGCAGAAACUGGCCCUGAUGGCGGCAAAACUCUACUGUGACUAUAAAGAGUGCCCCAGAUGCAAAAGCCUGGUGGAGAGGAAGGAUCUGACCACCAUCCGCGUGUUCUGCAUAAUCUGCACCAACUACGAGUUCUGCUGGCAGUGCCUGCGGGCCUGGAAGGGGGCGGGCAAGCCCUCUGAUCGCUGUGACAAUGUGGGCUGCAGGGAUCCGAGCCUGGACACCCUGGCCUCCUGUGUCACCAAGGACCUCCCGGGCAGCGAGAUCCAAGGCUGUCCAUCCAUCAGGGCCUGCCCCACGUGCGGGAUGCUCAUCGAGCACAAGGAGAAGUGCAAGUACGUCGUGUGCUCACGGUGCCACGUGGAGUUCUGCUUCGCCUGCCUGGACCUUGCUCAGGUCUGCCAGGCUGCCAAAUCGGGCGCCUGGUUUAAGUGGUGUGCCAAGCCUCUGGCCCCGAGGCAGCGCCAUAUCCCCGUGUGGCGUCAACAAGGAUCAUCUCCCACAGAGGAAAGCAGUGACAGGGGACAGAGCCCCACCUCCACCCCAGAAGAUGGUACCAGCUGUGUGUUGGCCUAA